AUCGACAGGAAGCCGUUAAGCCGUUAAAGUGGACUGUCUGAUUAGAUAUUAAAUAUCUGUUGUAGCAUCCGAUACCUAGACAUAUCCUUUUUAGACUAUAGAUGGGUUGUUGUACAAAAAUUGACGAUCGGUGGAAAGAGUUGUUGCAAAAAUGACGCAGAAUUUCCUCCGCUGCCUCAUGUGUCGUCAGUUUCGGACGUAUUUCCUACUUGUGAUAGCCAUGGCUUUCAUCUUUCAAAGUUUACUUGUGUUCUAUUUGUUGGCAAAAGUUAAGGAUACUGACGGCCCUACUGAAUUUGGAUCUUCAGACUCAUCAAGAAUUCAGCAAGCUUUUGUGAAUGAGAAGGAACCUAGUGUUUCGAGCAAAUCAGCUUGUGGAAUAUUGAGCAAAACUGCUCUUUCAGCUAUCAAGAGAGCAACUACAAAAAAGUGCAAAGAAGAGUUAAGUGAUAUUGCCUGCAGACUAAAAAAUUAUCAAUUGGUACCUGAAAGAUUACCAAAUUAUUGUCCCCGUAAGGAUUCUGUUCCUGGAAGUUCUUUAGGUUGUUUCCACGAUAAUAACCAGUCAAGGCUGCUCUCUUCAUAUGGUGUCAAACUCCCAGGAUUGACCAACCAAAAGUGCAUUGACCUUUGUGCUCAGUCAGCAUUUAUGUAUGCUGGUACUCACAAUGGCAAAGAAUGCUACUGUGGUAACAAAAAGCCGUCAUUAGAGCAUCUUCUUACGAGAACAUAUUGCAGCGUUCCUUGCGAUGGCCAAUCUAGUCAAACUUGUGGAGGUGUAGACGCGACGGAAAUAUUCGAUUCAGGAGUUCCUACGAGAGAUUCUGCAAAAUUGCAAGCACCGAUCGUCAAUGGUACUGCCAAAAUAGCGUUUAUUUUGACCUUGAACGGUCGUGCGCUGAGACAAGUCACCCGGCUUCUCAGAGUCAUAUAUAGGCCACAUCAUGUUUAUUUGAUCCAUGUUGAUGCCAGACAAGAUUUCCUAUUCCGCAGUUUACUGCAACUGGAGCUGAGGUAUCCUAAUAUCCGAAUAAGCAGAAAACGGCAGUCAUCCAUAUGGGGUGGAGUUUCCUUACUUGACGUUCUACUCCAGUCCAUGGAGCAGUUAUUGGAGAUCGAUAGUCAAUGGCAAUUUGUUUUCAAUUUGAGCGAAUCUGACUUUCCCCUGCGAUCAAUCGAGAGUUUGGAAGCCCUGCUGGCUGCUAAUCCCGGGAGAAAUUUUCUUAAAUCGCAUGGGCGGCAAACCCGGCAAUUCAUCCAUAAGCAAGGACUGGAUAGAGUAUUUCACCAGUGUGAGAGCCGCAUGUGGCGAGUGGGUGACCGCAAUCUACCAGCUGGUAUUCGAAUCGAUGGUGGAUCUGACUGGGUCGGACUUGCGCGUUCAGUCGUUGAGUUUGCUACCUCACCUUCUUAUAGUAAUGACCCACUUUUGCGUGGGCUCAAAGAGCUUUAUCGUUACACCCUCCUGCCGGCCGAAUCCUUUUUUCACGUUCUUAUCCUGAAUUCGAAAUUCUGUGACAGCUACGCAGACAAUAAUUUGAGAAUGACACUCUGGAGGAGGAGCCAAGGUUGUCUUUGUCAGCACCGUCAUGUUGUUGAUUGGUGUGGCUGCUCACCGAUGGUUUUCCGUACAGCAGAUUGGACUCAUCUGACGUCAGUAAUGUCCAAAUCUACAGUGUUUUUCGCUCGCAAGUUUGAGGCAGCCAUUGAUCAGAGCGUGAUGAAUCGUCUGGAAGAACAGUUAACGAACGCUUCAUUAAGUUACCCAGGUUUGGAUUGCUAUUGGGAAAGCGCUUACCAUAGAGCCGACCUAACACCGAAGCCUAAUCCGGCUCUUUUAACCGUUGCGCUUAGCCUGGCGAAACAUGCAAUUUCGCUGUUGUUACAAAACAGUGUUGCGGAAUGUCCAGGCCUCAGGCCAAGCCGGGUUGUUGCCAUCACGUCCUAUUUUCGGCAUGAUCACUAUGUGGGCGACCUGAUACACUUUGAAGUCGAUGAAAAAGACGUCGAAUUUGAAGCACUAGUCAAGCCUCUUACCAAGACAACUCACUUGAUGGAAUCCCCAAGAAUUCUUAGUACGCUACAAGUCGGUUCGGAUUUCGACCCUAAAGAACAAAUUUUCAGAAACCGUUUGGGUGUGCUCACUUCUACGUCUAAACCAACUGUAACCUAUAAAUGGACCGGUCAUAUCAAUACCACUACAGCAUCUCAGUUAGCUCAUUUAAUAUGGUUCGACCCGGACGACAACGUAAGAGCCGUUCACAAUGUAAAUGUGACGGAUGCGUCUAAGAUGGGCAAUCAAAAUCUGGAAAUCGACCACCCUCUGAAACCGGGGGUGUGGUUAGUUGCUGUCAUCUAUGAUGGGAAAAAAAUUGCCACAACUGAGUUUCUAAUUGUUCCCCAGGCUGGCUACCAAAGCACACAUUUUGAAACCAGGAUCAGUGAAUCUCAAAAGGUGUGGGAAAAGUAUUUACCUGUUGAUGCUAAGUCGGCAAUUUAUCGCCGAGAAAAGGCAUUAUUAAUGAAAAAAGACAUAUCGAAAUUUGUGGAUAAGAUGACUGCAGAAUAUUAUGCCAUUCAAGAUAUUUGUUACAAGGAUCAGCCACCACAUUGUGCGACCAUCGGAUUUCAUGACUGGCAGUCGUGUUUAAGCACGGAUUGGAGUUCUUUUUCUCAAGAUCCAAAAUCUAAACUGCUAUAA